CUUUCCUGCCUAUAUAAAUGGUACCGAAUAUCGGCACCGUUCCCAAUUAGAAAAAACAAUAAAAAUUCCCAAUCCGGAAAAAAAAAAUCCCAAUCUUGCUGCCGAUUUUCUCAAAUCCGGAUUUUAUUACUUUCGUUUUGUUUGUUAUAAAUCACCGAAAUCUGUAUCGCUUGAGCGUUUGAAUAAGAAAGGAACAUAGUAUUGUUAUUUACAAGCGUUCAAAUGAUGUAUCCGCUAGAAACAAAAUGUCUCACAACGGGAAGUAUUAUGUGAGGAAGGUUCCGAAAAAUAAGCCAAGUUCGACGCUUAUAUCAGCGUUUUUUUCAAAACGACAAAAACUUGAUGUUAGUGUCGAUGCACCAAGUAAUGACGAGACAGAGUGCAAACCGACUGACGUCGGUGAUAAUAACAUUAACAAAUUGUGUGAUGAAAUAAAAUCCGUUACUGGCGAUAGCGACGGCGCAAAUAUCUGCAAACAAAGUGAAACAGUUUCAGUGGAAGUAGCUGUACAGACUCCAGUCGCUAUGGUUGCCUCCACGACUACCACGCCACUUCAAAAGAAAGUUCAACUCAGGGAGACACGGGCCGAGAUUGAUUUUAAGCCAGCUCACAGUAACAUAGAUCGGCGGCGAUUUGACAUGAACAGAUAUACUGUCAACUAUCCUUGGCUUUACCACACCUCGGAAAAAGGAUACCUUUGUAAGUUGUGUGAAUUAACAUAUGGCAGUAACUGUUCAGAUUCAAGCUCUAUGAGUGUGAUAAGUGUUACGUCUCCAUUUAUCUCCCCAGGCCUUGAGACAUUGGGUACACAUCCAUCUCGAUUAUUAGAUAAGCAUGCAAACAGUACCCCACAUCUGAAGGCAUCCAAAAUAAAUGCAGAAGUGAAAGUGAAAAUUGGUUUGAAACAAAAAAUGUCUGUACUGGAACAGUUGUCAAUGAAAAAUGAGUCUGAUCUUAAAGCUGAAAAAGAAAGGAAUGCAAGUGUGUUGAAAAAACUGUUUCAAUCAAUAUACUUUAUCAUCAGGAAGAAAUGGGCCCAAACAAAUUUUGAAGAUUUUGUGAGAUUUGUUGCAAGUUUAGGUGUAGAGGAUAUUGCCAGGCAUAUUGAAAUCGCACCACCACAGGCUACUUACCUAUCAGUUAAAACUGCCACAGAAUUAAUUGAAUUAAUAGGGGAGAACAUUGAGCAAAGCCUACUGGACUCUCUACGCAAAGCCCCAUUUUACAGUUUGCUAGCUGAUGAGAGCACCGACGAGGCCAACAAAACACAAUUAUCUGUGUUUUGCCGCUGGUACCAUGAAAGUCACUCCAAUUUCACAGACCACUUCAUGGGUUUGGUUGAAGUUCAAAAGACAGACAGUGCCACCCUGAUGGAUGUCCUCCACGGUUUUCUCAUAGCAAAAGGGAUACCCAUUGAAAAAUGUCGGUUUGUUGCCUUUGAUGGCACCAACUCGAUGAGUGGCAUUCGUACUGGUCUUCAAAGACGAUUUAGGAACUAUGCACCAAAGAGCCUGUACAUCAACUGUCGCUGUCAUCGCCUUGCCCUCUGCCUUAAACAUUUGAUGAAAACAUUUCCUUUACUUGUUGAGGUAGAUGAGGCUUUACUUGCGAUAUGGAAAUUGUUCAAGUACUCCCCGCAAAGGUUUGCUGUGCUGCAAGAUGUUCAAGUUGUAUAUGGCAUGGACAAGUUGAUGUUGAUCAGGGCUGCUACAACUAGGUGGUUGUCACAUGGCAAAGCAUGCGUAAGGUUUAUUGAGAGGUACGAGUCGGUGCUUGAUGCUCUGGACCAAAUAUACCAACAAAAACGUGAACCAGAGGUAUUUGGAUUGAGAUCUAUUCUUGUACAGAAAAAUGUUGUUGCCAUGAUCUGCGUGUUGAGUGAUGUGUUGAAACCACUGAACCAUCUCAGCCUCUACCUCCAGAAAACAGAUGUUGUACUGUGCAAUGUGGAAGAGAAAGUGAAAGCAACAGUAACUGACCUGGAAGUCAUUAAAGAGACUUAUCUUGAAUUUCAAGAGAACAAUCAGAUUGGGGAUCAGUUAUAUGUCAGUCGUCUUUCAGAGUUGCUUCUCAUCAUCAAUGAAAGAACUGAUCUGCAAAGGCGUCACAGAGGUCACCUUGAGAACCUUGACAUCAAAGCAUUUAUUAAAGAUGUUGCUGUUCCAUUUAUAGACAGUUUGAUUGGAGAAAUCAAUGAUGCUUUCUACAUGCACCCUGUGUUUGAUGCUUUUCGGAAGGCUCUGGAUCCUAGUAUGAUCGAAGCCAAUGCCAGUGCUGUUGAUCUUCAAAACCAUGGAAAGGAGGCAUUGACUGUACUUUGUGGACACUAUGGGGAACCUGGAGAGGACAUUUUCCAAGGUCAUGUGACAAGAUGUGAGAGGGAUCUUGAUCCAGAUGCAACUGAAGCUGAAUACUGUGCCUUCAAGCAUCAAAUCAAAAUCAUGAAAAGAAUGAAAGCCAGAAAUCCACAGCCUUCCAAUAGUAAUGAGGGUGACCAGGUUAACAAUCUGCUGUCAAUGUUUUUAAAAGUCUCUGGGGAUCCUGUACUCCAAGAAUCUUUUCCAAUGAUGUGCAAGCUUCUGUACCUGGUGAACAUUAUUCCAGCAUCAACGGCCUCAGUGGAGAGGAGCUUUAGCCAAAUGGCUUUGCUAAAAACCCCAAUGCGCAGCAGAUUGAGUUGCAAGUCAAUUAAUGCAAUAAUGCGCAUUAACAUAGAGGGAGCCAGUACCCUGACGGAAUAUUAAUUAGAACAACUUGUUCAAAACUUCAAACUUGCAAAAGAUCGGCACUUGUCCCUGUAAAGUACAUUGUACAAGUGUAAUAUCAGUGAUUAAAACAUCAAAACAGUAUUAAUUGGUGUUAAAGUUGUUUAUUUUGUAAUACAGAAAGUUUUACAAAUUUUCCCAAUUACCCCCUUUUACGACGUAAUUUUCCCAAUUUGAUGAUUUUUGGCGAUUCCCAAAAUACCCAGGAAAGU